ACCAACAUGGCCGCCACGCCUGCGUCAUCAGGGGCGCGCCAGGAGCGGCGUCGCCUCGUCGAGGGUGCUGUGAGGGCGGCUGUGGCUUCGGCAGGAGGGGAUCGAGGCGGUGGGAGCGGAGGCAGCCGAGCGGGGCUCGGGAUGGUGCCCGGGGCCGAGGGCCCGGCCCGCGCAGGCGGCCUGGUGGCCGAUGUAGUCUUCGUCAUCGAGGGCACGGCCAACCUGGGACCCUACUUCGAGGGGCUGCGGAAGCACUACCUGCUGCCGGCUAUCGAGUACUUCAAUGGGGGCCCCCCAGCAGAGACCGACUUUGGAGGAGACUAUGGGGGCACCCAGUACAGCCUGGUUGUGUUCAACACUGUGGACUGCGCCCCCGAGUCCUACGUCCAGUGCCACGCGCCCACCAGCAGUGCUUAUGAGUUUGUCACGUGGCUGGACGGCAUCCAGUUCAUGGGUGGGGGCGGCGAGAGCUGCAGCCUCAUCGCAGAGGGACUGAGCACGGCCCUGCAGCUCUUCGAUGACUUCAAGAAGAUGCGGGAACAGAUUGGCCAGACACACCGGGUCUGCCUUCUCAUCUGCAACUCGCCCCCAUACCUGCUGCCGGCCGUGGAGAGCACCACCUACUCGGGCUACACCACCGAGAGCCUGGUGCAGAAGAUUGGCGAGCGCGGCAUCCACUUCUCCAUCGUGUCCCCCCGAAAGCUGCCAGCCUUGCGGCUCCUGUUUGAGAAGGCAGCACCCCCUGCCAUGCUGGAGACGCAGCCCGCAGAUGUGAGCCAGGACCCUCGGCAUAUGGUGCUGGUGCGAGGCCUCGUGCUGCCGGUCGGUGGAGGUUCCGGGCCCGGCCCCCUCCAGCCCAAGCAACCGGUUCCCCUGCCUCCAGCACCACCUGCUGGCACCUCACUCUCUGCAGCGCCCCCCCAGCCGCUGCCUCCGGUCUCCCAGCCUUACCAGGUGGCCAGUAACCUCAGCGCUGCCCAGGUGGCUGCCCAGAAUGCUGUGGAAGAUGCCAAGAGACAGAAGGCAGGACUGGGCCCUCGCUUCUCGCCCAUCAACCCUUUGCAGGCUGCUGCCCCGGGAGUGGGGCCCCCCUUCAGCCAGGCUCCGGCCCCUCCGCUACCUCCUGGCCCCCCUGGGGCCCCCAAGCUGCCUCCUGCUUCCCAGCCCAGCCUGGUAGCAGCCGUGGCCCCUGGGGCUGGGCUGGCCCCUCCCACCCAGCCUGGAGGCCCCCCCAUGGCUGGUCCUGUGGCUGCAGCAGGGGUGAGUGGCCCAAACCCAGCUCAGCUGGGAGGCCCCGCCCUUGGGGCAGGGCAGCAGUCUGUCACCAAUAAGGUCCUGGCCUGGAGUGGUGUCCUCGAGUGGCAGGAGAAGCCCAAACCCGCCUCGGUGGACGCCAACACGAAGCUGACAAGGUCCCUGCCUUGCCAGGUCUAUGUGAACCAGGGAGAGAACCUGAAGACGGAGCAGUGGCCCCAGAAGCUGAUCAUGCAACUUAUCCCACAGCAGCUGCUGACCACACUGGGGCCCCUAUUCAGGAACUCGAGAAUGGUUCAGUUUCAUUUCACCAACAAGGACCUAGAAUCCCUCAAAGGCCUUUACCGCAUCAUGGGCAACGGCUUUGCCGGCUGCGUCCACUUCCACCACACGGCGCCCUGUGAGGUGCGUGUCCUCAUGCUCCUCUACUCCUCCAAGAAGAAGAUCUUCAUGGGGCUCAUCCCCAACGACCAGAGCGGCUUUGUCAAUGGCAUCCGCCAGGUCAUCACCAACCACAAGCAGGUGCAGCAGCAGAAACUGGAGCAGCUGCAGCAGCAGCCGCCGCCGCCUCGGGGGAUGGGGGGACCACAGGCCCCCCCGGGACUCGGCCCCCUCCUAGAGGAGCAGCAGCGGCCCCCCCAGAGCCUGCUCCAGCUCCGCCAGCCACAGCCGCAGCCCCCAGGAGGGGUAGGAGUAGGGGUGACUGGGACAGGUGGACAACCUCAGCCUCCCCAAGGCCCUGCCCAGCCUCCACCAGGGGGGCCCCCUCCCGGAGCUCCCCCUCCCGGGGCUCCCCCUCCUGGGCCUCUCCUGCGGCCCCAGAACCCGGGUGCCAACCCCCAGCUUCGGAGCCUCCUGCUGAACCCGCCACCCCCCCCACCACCCCAGGCUGGGGGACCACCACCCCAGGCUUCCCUUCACCACCUCCAGCCUCCAGGGGCCCCAACCCUGCUGCCUCCCCCACACCAGGGUUUGGGCCAGCCACCCUUGGGCCCUCCUUUGCUGCACCCCCCACCUACUCAGCCUUGGCCUGGACAGAUGCCCCCACGGGCCCCUCUACCAGGUCAGAUGUUAUUGAGUGGAGGCCCCAGGGGCCCGGUCCCCCAGCCUGGCCUGCAGCCGCCCAGUGUCAUGGAGGAGGAUAUCUUGAUGGACCUCAUCUGAGACUGUUCCGCACCCCAAUAAAACUUCCUCCUUCCCAGCCU